AUGGACUGCUCUAUGAAAGGGUCCACGCCAGUGUGGUCUGCCUGGGCGUCCUGGUCCCAGUGCUCUUCAUCAUGUGGGGAGGGGUGGCGCCAGCGUUCUCGUUACUGCGUUAACUCUAAUACAUCACGCGAAACAGAUGUGCGCAACUGCUACGGUCCUGAUGUUGAGUAUCAAAUAUGUGGGGAGAAACACAAGGCCUGUCCACAUUGGAAACCAUGGUCAGAAUGGAGCAUGUGCACGUCGUCGACCACGUGUGGGCGUGGUUACAGCGUACGGAGCCGGAUAUGUGCACCCUCCGGAAACAGCACGGCGUGCUUGGGCCCUUCAGAGGAUAGCACCAUCUGUAUGGAGAUAGACUGUACAGCACCAGUUCGCUUGGUCAAUCAGCUGUCAUAUGGGGAAGGUGCAGUUGAAGUGUACCAUGGCAAAGCCGGUUGGCAGAAUGUUUGUUCCGAUGGCUGGGAUAUUUUUGAUGCACAUGUUGUGUGUAAACAGUUGGGGUUUGCCGGGGCAAGUAAUAGCACGGGCGUGGUCUUUGAAGAAAGUGAAAAGAACCGGCCUCAAAGAUCAGUGCCAUAUGGGUUGUCGAUGGUUGAUUGUGCAGGAAACGAAACCACCUUACAGUCUUGCCCACAUGACGUCAUCAAACGACGAACAUGCAGUUCGAACAAGGCCGCGUUCGUUAGUUGUGUUGUUGACGGAGGCUGGUCCAGUUGGAGUGCGUGGGGUCCCUGUUAUACAUGUGCAGCUGGAAUGUACGCCAGGGGGCGCGAGUGUAACCAUCCGCCUCCUCUGCGAGGUGGGACGCCAUGCCUGGGACCGCAACAGCAGGAAACGGCAAUGGCGGUAAGCUGGCUGGCCUGGGAGGCGUGGUCUUCCUGCUCGGUCAGCUGUGGAGGAGGGACAAGAAGCAGGACAAGGGAAUGCUCUGCCGCCAUAUUUGAUAAUGUAUGUGACGGACGAUCAUGGGAGGAAAGUCCAUGUAACGAAAUGCCAUGCCCUCUCCCUGGCACAUGGACCUCUUGGCUUGACUGUGACGCUACCUGCGGCGGUGGGACUCAGUUUCGUUUACGGAAAUGUAUGGAAGGAUUUCAAAACAAUGAGAGGUGCGACAAUACCAACGCUCCGUACAUAUAUGACUUUAAGGAGUGCAAUACUGAACUUUGUCCAGUCCCUGGCACAUGGACCUCUUGGCUUGACUGUGACGCUACCUGCGGCGGUGGGACUCAGUUUCGUUUACGGAAAUGUAUGGAAGGAUUUCAAAACAAUGAGAGGUGCGACAAUACCAACGCUCCGUACAUAUAUGACUUUAAGGAGUGCAAUACUGAACUUUGUCCAGUGAUAGGACAUUGGGUAGGUCCAUACUGGUCCAGCUGGUUUCCAUGUAGCCAGAGCUGUGACGGCGGAACCCAAAUGAGAAUGCGUAACUGCAGUAUUGACGAGACUGAGGGUUGGAACAACUGCACCGACGACAAUUUUGAAACAAGGAUAUGUAACAACUUUUCUUGUCCAGUGGAUGCACACUGGCGGUCGUGGUCGGAAUGGCUCAGCUGUGACGUAUCUUGUGGCACUGGUAUGGAGAUACGUAUCAGGCAAUGCAUCCCGGGGCUGAAUGGGAAUACUGAUUGUGAAGGAGACGGUGUGGAAGCCAGGGAAUGCAGUCUGACCCCUUGCCAAUAUGUAUCCAAAUGGCUGGGUUGGUCCGAAUGGCAGCGUUGUACGGUCAGCUGUGGAGGGGGGCGACACAGGAGGUACAGGGAGUGUGACCGGUAUAAAGGAGAACCAUGUGUGGGAUCUGCUGUCGAGGAGGGAGUUUGUAAUGAUAUUGCUUGUCCACUACCUGGAAGCUGGUCUCAUUGGUUUGCGUGCAGUGUCACUUGCGGUGGGGGGUCAAGGUAUCGUGUUCGGAAAUGCAUGGAGGACUGGGAAUACCCGGCUAAUGACACUGUGUGUGAGAAAGGAUCUGGAGGAUACGCGCACCAGUUCAAGGCCUGCAACACGCAACCUUGUCCAAUUUUGGGAACUUGGAAGGGCCAGGACUGGUCUAAUUGGUUUCCUUGCAGCCUCAGUUGUGGCGGUGGGAACCAGUUCAGAGUUCGAGACUGUACCAUAGGUGCCAAUGGAAACAAUUGCACCGAAGGCCGAAUCCAGAACCGUGUUUGUAACCCCGAAACGUGUCCAGUGGAGCCUUUCUGGAGUGAUUGGUCGGCUUGGGACGGCUGUACCAGCAGCUGUGGAGAUGAUGGGUGGCAAAGUCGCUAUAGGCAGUGUGUGAUGCCUGUCAGUGGCAAUGGCUCUGCGUGUGAAGGGAAGGCCAAAGAGGAACGUAUCUGCAACAGGGUUCCGUGUCCUGGCCCCGGAGAAUGGUCGCACUGGUUCAAGUGUGACAAGACUUGCGGGCGUGGGGCGCAGUUUCGAGUGCGGAAAUGCAUUCCGGGCGAAGACAUGGCCGGCGUUUGGGAGAGCGUUGAUUGGUCGAGAUGGUUCGAGUGCUCGGCGACCUGUGACGGAGGCAGGCAGUUCCGUGUCAGAAACUGCGCCAUUGAGGGCACCUUCAACAACUGUACCGAAGACCGAAUACAAUACCGGGAGUGUAACACACGCAUGUGCCCAAUCCAAGGAUACUGGGCCAUGUGGUCUGCAUGGCUUAGCUGUGACGCCACGUGUGACACGGGAACACAACUUCGAGUACGGCAGUGUGUGGAAGGAGAAAGUGGCAGCGAGAACUGCCGCGGAUCAGCGAUGAUUGGCCGCGAUUGUAAACUGAAAGAUUGUGAAAUCAAAGUAAAAUGGGGACCAUGGUCUCUGUGGGGCGACUGUUACGUUUCAUGCGGCGGAGGAGUGCGCGUGCGCCAGAGGCAGUGUGAAGGGACAAUCCCUGGUGGUAUCACUUGUACAGGGAAAUCACUAGAUGUUGACAUUUGCAACCAAGAGCUAUGUCCAGUUUAUGGCAUGUGGCAAGGAUGGUCCGGUUGGUUUCCGUGCACUGCCUCGUGCGGAGGUGGGGAGCAGAUGCGUGUCCGUGAUUGUUACGUCAACGGAACAGAUUUUACCAACUGCACGACUGAUAACAUAGAACGCAGGUCCUGCAACCAGGAACCUUGCCCAGCUGCUAACGACUGGACCGCUUGGUUUAGUUGUGAUGCCUCUUGUGGCGGAGGGAUACAGUACAGGGUGAGGAACUGUGCGCUGACGUCAAUGGGUGAUAGCGACGACUGUGCUAGCAGUGUGGAAUCCAGAACCUGCAAUGAACAUCCUUGCCCCAUAGAAAGCAGUUGGCUCAGUUGGAGUGAGUGGUCGGCUUGCAAUGCCACGUGCGGUGUUGGUCAAGCAUUCAGGUCCCGAACAUGUCACGGGACGACUCAAAGAGGAGACGAAUGCCAAGGUCAAUCAUUAGAACACCGUCUUUGUGAGACAAACCCUUGUCCAGUGCCAGGUCGUUGGAGCGAGUGGUCACUGUGGUCAAGUUGUAACGUGACGUGUGCCGGCGGGAAGCAAAGGCGGUACCGUAUCUGCACAAAGGCCCUGAGGACGGACACCGAUUGCGUGGGCCCAACAGAACAGUUCAACGUCUGUAACCAGCGGCCUUGCCCUGUUCACGGCACUUUCGGACCUUGGUCUUCCUGGAACAAUUGUACCGCUUUUUGUGGUGGAGGGGUCCAGUGGCGAAAUAGAUCGUGUUAUGUCGAAAAUGAUGGUCUAGGAGAAUGGAGCACGUGUUCGACCACGUGCGGUGGAGGAAGUCAGUGGAGAUAUAAGCUGGACCCAACCUGUACUGACUGCAGGGACAGAGAGACCCGUCCCUGUAAUAUACACCUUUGUCCAGUUGACGGAGUUUUCACAAAAUGGAGCAGUUGGUCGGAAUGUUCAGUUCCUUGCGGGAAUGGUACCCGGUCCAGAUAUAGAACUUGUGAGGGACCGUUGUUCGGUGGAAAGUCCUGUGUCGGCGCCUUUGUUGAAAAUGAUAUCUGCAAUGCUAAAAAUCCAGAUUGUUUUGUUGACGGCGUGUGGAAUCCUUGGACACAGUGGUCCAAUUGUCCUGUAACUUGCGGCGGAGGUGUUCGCGUAAGAACGCGAACGUGCACCGGUCCUUUAUAUGGUGGCCUCGAUUGUAUUGGGGAUUCCACUGACAAUCAAACGUGUGCCAACAAGACAUGCAUGGGCAAUUGGGAAACAUGGGAGCCAUGGAGCAGGUGCAGCGUCACGUGCGGAGGUGGGACACGCCAUCGCUCCAGGACGUGUACCGAGACCACGCACGGGAAGUUCACUCUUCCCUGUGGUGGCGAUCACACCGAGUUCCAAGUCUGUCACAACUUCACCUGUGAACCAGCCACCAGUUGUUCGGCGUGGUUUCACCGAGGAUUGUCCGUUACUGCAGUCGCCCCCAUUGACAUAGAUGAGGAUGGAGAUAUCUUCCACGUAAAGUGCAGGAUUGAAGAUGGGAAAUAUUUGGAAACUAAAAUCACUCACCGGCUGGCCAACCAAGCAAUACGGAUAUCGAACUAUGAGGGUGCGGGCGAGUGGCGCUCUGAAAUCACGUACUCCCCCUUCGCUCAAGUGAAACAGAUUGCCAAGCUGGUAGACCGAUCUACAAAAUGCCGGCAGUUCAUCAGUUGGAAGUGCAAGUCGGCUGUCAUCCAUAACCCCUACUCCAACCUCACGGCGACCUAUUGGACAAAUAGACACAACCAGCAGAUGCUGUACUGGGGUGGUGCUCCCCACUAUAGCAAAAUGUGCGCAUGCGGUGUGAAGAACACGUGUGAUGUUUCUGGAACCGUGUGUAACUGUGACGCCAAUGACAACGUCUGGAGGGUGGACGAUGGAUACAUUACUCACAAACCAGAUCUCCCUGUAACUAAAAUAUUUGCAGGAGACACAGGUGCGUCCAACGAGGAGGGCUACUACCAGUUGGGGCCGCUGAUAUGUGUCUAGUUACCUCAAGCUACAGCACGAAACCAGAUGUUCACCUGAACAGAGACACUGAUGAAAAAUCCUCAGCACUGUGACCCUAGAAUGUGACUGACACUCACAAACGGAGCUGAACAGAAGACAGGAUUCGAAGCCACGUUACCACUUUCGAUUUAUGACAUUACUGCCUAUCAAAAUUGAAAAAUAUGCAUUAUAUAGCCUACGUACAUUUAUAUGGGUUAUUCUAUCCGGGUGGAUUGAAGAAUGGUCAAUUACCUCGUUCUUAUUGUAGGCCUAUUCUACGUUUCAGAAACUCCAGAUCUUCUUACUUUAGAUUUGAGCAUCGAAAUGAUAUGACUGUUUGAAUUAUCUACAAUGAAUCCUUUUACGUUUUCUGUGAAGCAACAAUG